UGGGAAUUGUAGUUUGUUGUGUACUAUGGUCAUGUGUCCAGGUUCCUUAUGAUGGCUGAUAUACCAGGAGUUACAGAUCCCGCAGAUAAGGAAGCAGUGUCCCCUGAAGAGUCCACAGAUGAAUCUGAGGAGGAUGACAGUGAAGAAGAACCAAAGUUGAAGUAUGAAAGGCUUUCUAAUGGAGUUACUGAAAUUCUUCAGGAAGAUGCUGCAAGCUGUAUGAUUGUUCAUGAAAAGUUUCUGGCACUGGGUACCCAUAGCGGAAAGGUAUAUUUGCUUGACAUUCAGGGGAACACCACACAGAAGUAUGAUAUUAGCACUGUGAAAAUUAAUCAGAUUAGCCUGGAUGAAAGUGGUGAGCAUGUUGGCAUAUGCUCUGAGGAUGGCAAGGUGCAGGUGUUUGGACUUUACUCAAGAGAAGGAUUGCAUGAAAUCUUUGACUGUCCGAUCAAAAUUGUUGCAGUUCAUCCUCAGUUUGGAAGAUCAAACUGUAAGCAGUUUGUAACAGGAGGAAACAAGCUCCUUUUAUAUGAAAGGACCUGGCUCAGUCGGUGGAAAACAACAGUUUUACAUGAGGGAGAGGGGACCAUAACCAAUAUAAGAUGGAGGGGCAAUCUGAUUGCUUGGGCCAAUAAUAUGGGCGUUAAGAUUCUUGACAUGAUUACAAGACAACGGAUUACCAAUGUUCCAAGAGAUGAUGUCACCCUACGUCCAGAUAUGUAUCCCUGCAGCCUCUUCUGGAAGGAUAAUUUGACUCUUGUAAUUGGAUGGGGCAAGUCAGUAACGAUCUGUUCCGUAAAAGAAAGGCAUGCCAGUGAAUUGAGGGAUUUGCCCAGCCGUUAUGUUGAAAUUGUUACCCAGUUUGAAACAGAGUUCUUCAUUAGUGGAAUAGCUCCUCUCUGCGAUCAGUUUGUGAUGUUAUUCUUUGUGAAGGAGACGUCUGAUAAAGCGAAAAAAGAGUUUUGUGCUAGACCUCGUCUUGAUAUUAUUCAGCCUCUUCCUGACUCAAGUGAAGAGGUCUCGUCAGAUGCCAUAACUGUCCGAGGCUUCCAGGAAAAUGAAUGCCGUGACUAUCGCUUAGAAUAUGCUGAAGGCGAAUCACUCUUCUAUAUUAUCAGUCCCAGGGACGUUGUUGUGGCUAAAGAGAGAGAUCAGGAUGACCACAUUGACUGGCUUUUAGGAAGAAUGAAAUAUGAGGAAGCUCUUAUGGCUGCAGAAAUUAGCCAGAAGAACAUUAAGAGACACGAUGUCCUGGAUAUUGGUUUAGCUUAUAUAACUCAUCUGGUUGAAAAAGGGGACUAUGACACAGCUGCAAGAAAGUGUCAAAAAAUCCUUGGCAAAAAUAUGAAACUCUGGGAAGAUGAAGUAUACAGAUUUAUGAAGAUCGGACAACUGAAGGCUAUCAGCAAGUAUCUUCCAAGAGGAGAUCUGCGACUAAGACCAUCGAUCUAUGAAAUGAUACUGGAUGAAUUCCUAAAAAUUGAUUAUGAGGGUUUUGCUACACUAAUAAGAGAAUGGCCAGGAGACCUUUACAACAACAAAACUAUAGUUCAAGCGCUUAAAAGCCACCUCAACAAAGAUCCAAACAACAGAACAUUGCUGAAGGCUCUGGCUGAAUUACACACUUAUGAUCAACGCUAUGAUGAAGCUCUGAAAAUUUAUCUAACACUCCAACACAAGGAGGUUUUCAAUCUUAUACAUAAGCACAACCUGUUCCGGUCUAUCAAGGACAAGAUUGUUCUGCUUAUGGAUUUUGAUACAGAGAAAGCUGUAAACAUGCUUUUGGACAAUGAAGACAAAAUUUCUAUUGAUAAAGUUGUUGAAGAGCUGGCAGAAAGACCAGAAUUGCAGCAUGUGUACUUGCACAAACUGUUUAAAAGAGACCACCACAAAGGACAAAAGUACCAUGAGAAACAGAUCAGUUUGUAUGCAGAAUAUGAUCGACCAAAUCUUUUGCCAUUUCUCCGAGAUAGUACUCACUGCCCACUAGAAAACGCACUUGAAAUUUGUCAACAGAGACAUUUUGUGGAAGAAACAGUAUUUCUCCUAAGUAGAAUGGGAAAUAGUCGCAGAGCUCUGCAGAUGAUCAUGGAGGAACUUAGUGACGUAGAUAAAGCCAUUGAGUUUGCUAAAGAACAGGAUGAUGUCGAAUUAUGGGAGGAUUUGAUUCUAUAUUCUAUCGACAAACCACCCUUUAUAACUGGUCUACUGAACAACAUUGGUACACAUGUAGACCCUAUACUCCUGAUUCAUCGUAUUAAAGAAGGAAUGGAGAUUCCUAAUUUGAGAGACUCGCUUGUUAAAAUCCUGCAUGACUAUAAUCUCCAAAUAUUGCUUAGAGAGGGAUGUAAGAAAAUCUUGGUGUCAGAUUCCCUUUCCUUAUUACGGAAAAUGCACCGGACACAAUCCAGAGGCAUGUUAGUGGACGAUGAGAAUGUUUGUGAAGCCUGCCUUUCUGCUAUACUUCCUUCAGAUGCUUCCAAACCCAACGGUAUUGUGAUAUUCCACUGCAGACACAUGUUUCACAAAGAUUGCCUGCCUGCCAUGAACACUAUUUCUCCUGUCCAUUUCUGCAACAUUUGCAGUGCAAAGCAUCGUGGUCCUGGCAGUGCAAUCCUAGAGAUGAAAAAAUAGCAAAAUGUUCUUGAGAUAUAAGGAGAUUUUGUUUCAUGAAAUCAAAUUUCCUAGCUGAUUUCACAGGCUUUAUUUGUUGUAAUAUUUAUAAUACUGUAAUUCUUUAAAUGUUUGUGUUAACUGACCAAGUUAUUCACUGUGCUAGAGGAUGCGGUCUACUCUGCUAAGCAGUAUUAAAAUAAAAUUACCUGCCUGCAUAA